UUAUGUAAGCAUUCUAAAAAUAAACACUAAACGUCAUAUCCUGUUUAAGAUUACACCAUGUGGAUCAGUAGAUGAAAGUAAAUAUGUUCUGUUAAAGGUGAUUAAAAUGCCUGCCAAAAGUAAAAAGUUCAUCGACAAGAAAAAUGCAGUGACUUUCCAUUUGGUACACAGAAGUCAGAGAGAUCCACUGCAAGCCAAGGAGGAAUCAUCCAAGCAUGUCUUACUGCCUGUAGAGAAAAAAGAAUUAAGCCGAGAAGAGAAGCAGGAGGAGCAGCACAAAUAUGGCAUAUUUUAUGAUGAUGAUUAUGACUAUUUACAACAUUUAAAAGAUUUGAAUCAAGUGUAUGAGUUAGAGGAAGCUGUUCCCAGGGAAGAAAAGAAUGCCAAGAUCAGUCUUCCUUCCUCUGUGUUUGCUUCUGACCUUGAAAAAGAUGUAGGACUCCUUAAUGAGGCAGUUCCUGUCAGAGGCCCCAGGCCAGACUGGGAUCCAGACAUAGUGGCAGCACUAGAUGAGGAUUUUGAUUAUGAUGAUCCAGAAAACCAGCUGGAGGACGACUUCAUGGCGAUAGCCAAUGCCGGGGAGGGUCCUGGAUUUGAGGAGGGUGGGGGAUAUGAGGAGGAUGUUGGAUCUGAUGUUGACUUUGGUUCUGAUGAAUGUGAAAUGUCUGAUGAUGACUUCGGAAGUGAUGACAGAGGGAGGAUGUUCAUGGAGGAAGAAACAAAGUCUCGAUUUACUAAUUACUCCAUGUCUUCAUCAGUAAUUAGGAGAAAUGAGGGGUUAACUUUGUUGGAUGAUAGAUUCGAAAAGUUGUAUGAGCAAUAUGAAGACACAGAAAUUGGUGCUCUUGACAAUGAAGAUGUUGAUGGAUAUGUUCAACAAGGCAGCCAUAUGCUGGACACAAUUCUGGAGGAUUUUGAAAAACAGCAAGAAGAAAACCGCAGAAACUUGCAUUCCAUGAUGGAUGAUGAACGUCCAGAUGACCUUGGAAUAGAGGUCAAAAGUGAGGAGGAAUCUGAGAAUGAGGCUGACCUUGUACAAAUGGUGAUAAAAAAACCCAAGGAGAAAUGGGACUGUGAAUCCAUUAUCAGUACAUAUUCAAAUUUAUAUAACCAUCCCAAGUUAAUAGAGGAGCCAAAAAAGGAUAAUAAAAUCAAGCUGACGUCUAGGCUGAAGAUCCCGGAGGGUGUGCUAGAACAGCCGGGACUGACACGUAAACAGAUUGAGCAGGAGAUGAGGGAGAGUCGGCGGGCCGAUAAAGCCAGUACGUACCGACCGCCGAAGGAGACGACAGAGGAACGCAAACAGAGAAAACAGGCAGUCAAGCUAGAGAGAAUGGAGAGAAGAAUGGAAAAGAAAGCCAACAAACAAGCAUUCAGUGAAGAGAAAGUAAGACAGACAAAGGAAAAGCUAAACCUACAGAAAAAUCUUCAAGGACUGAAGUUAUCAUGACAUUGGACUGGAGGACCAUGUAGUCAGAAUACACAGCCUCUCAGAUUGGCAGCAGCCUAUCGUCAUUUUCAGUAUUGCAUCCAGAUAUUUACUGUUCAGGAAUUUGGAUGAUGAAGCACUCCAAUUUCAUGCUUGUUCUCUAGUUUUGGUCAAGACUGUGCAACCUGGAUUUGCUUGUGAUGACAUGAUUUUAAUUAUUACUGGUAAUUAUAAAUAUUAAUGAAAAGUUUGUUUGAAAAGCCUAUUGAAAUAGUGGUUUGUACCAAAAGACUUUUUGGUAUGAUUAUGAAAGUGAUGUUUAUUUAAAAACAAAAGCAUCACAAACCUUGUUAUUAAUAAAUUAUUUGAAAUGUU